CGUAAACAAAUUUCCAACGUUGUCCCACCUAUAUAUUUUUGUGAUGUGAUGGUGAAGCCGAAGUCAGCCAGGACUAGUCUAAGGCAGGAGCUAACAACAGAACAGGGUCAGGGAGCCCAGGAGCUCACCGUGUAUUUACCCAUACUCACGGGACUAGGGUACAUUAUGAUGCUGAUCAGGAAUAUAUCUGGGAGUCUUCAAGGUUGAACCAUCUGAAAGAAUUCACACUUGAAUCUCUGUUACCAUCCUAGAGAGAAACUUAGCCAUCAUGUCACAGACAUUUCGAGAGAAGAUUCGUCAACGUCGUCGAGACUUGAGAGAGAACACUAUGGAUUCUACCCAGCUAGCUGAUACAUCAGCAACACCAGGGCGGGGAAGCAGACACGAGGAUAUUUCUGCGGAUGAUGGUGGUGUUGAUGAUGUAGAAGAAAUGCCAGCUGAUCCAAUUGAAGAGAUUCAUCAAGCUGAAUCUUUGAUGGAGAAACUUACUCAAGACAGGGAAUCAAAGAAGAAAGAGCUUUUUGAAUCCUUAGAGCCUGCUGAUGAAGAGCAAGAGAAGAAGAAAGAAACCAAACCCAAGAGAAGAACUGAGAUACCAACCAUCCAAGAAACAGGAGAGGAAGAAGAACCAGAUGAAGAUACUAAACCAAAGAAGAAGAAAAAGGGGAAGAAACCAGACAUGGCAGCUGCAGUUCUAGCAGCAAAGGCCGGGGUUGAAACGGGUAAAGUCCCUUCUACAAUGAAUGCUACUAUCAGGGAAAGAAUUAGAAAGAAAAUGGCAGAAGCAAAGGAGAAAGCUGAAGAAUCAAUGAAGGAUGAAGUAGCAAAGGAUCCUGAUAAAGAUCUACCAGCUAGGAGACUUAGAGGUCUUAGAGCAAGGGAUAUGGCUACUAGGUUUGAUGAACCAUCAUUGCUAACCAAGGAGGAGAUUGAAGAAGAUAAGAUGUUGAAUGAAUCUAUCAUCGCUAAAGAGAAAUGGAGAGAAUCAUUCAAGAAAGUUAAAGCAAAGCAAGCAGCUCUGCCAACAGAAGAAGAAGCUUUUGACUUCUUCACACGUAGCUAUGAUCCUGAACCAGAGAGUAGAGAGAUUGUUUCAGAGCCAACCUCCGAUGAUCAACCUGGACCCAGUACAUCUAGAGGAACAGGAAAGAAAGGAAAGAGUAAAGAUGAUGAUGAUGAGGAGGAGGGGGGCAAGGAGAGCACACCAUUAUUAUCAGAAGUGUUUGUUGAUAGGGAUAUGUGGAAGUUACAACCUACACAGCUGGUUCCAGCAGAGUAUGUACCUCUAGGAGUGAGAGAGAAGAAGGAGGAAGGAUAUUUCUUUGUACCAAGCAUCAAAACAGUUCCAUCUGAUCAGAAGGUUCCAGAGAACACCCAACCAAGAUAUUUAGAAGAUGAGGGAUUCUAUGUAGGAGUGAGACCUGAUGUAUCUCAGAGAAACCAGAAUAUCAUGGAACAUCGGCUACUACAGAGAUCUGAUAAGGGUAAAGGAUGGUUUGGAGAAGAUGGUCGUAUCAUCGCCUUACCAGAUCCUGUCAAAGAUACACCUACAAGACCAAGGGUUGUAGCAAAUGAAGAGAGAGAACCUGAAUUACAAACUGUCUUUAGAAAGGCCAUGAUUGCAGAUACUACGAACCAGGGAUUAGACUUUGAUUCAGGUUUAGGAGAUAGACAGUACCAGAUUGAUAUUGAUAUCAAUACAUUAGUAUUCACACAUCAUCCAUACUUCAGCAAGGAACAUGUCCUGGAAUCCAAGCUAAGACAACUCUAUGAUCAAUACCUCAGGAGAAAACAGAAAGAUAUGGCUCAAUAUCUCACAGACAAGCUUCAAGCAUUGAAGUCAGCAGUGGCUAGUUUAAAAGAGCAGUUGAACUCAGUGAACAUGCAAGAAACAAUUCAAUUGGAUACGAUGCAGAAAGUCAAAGAUUAUAAGGUUGAAAUCAGACAAACAAGAAGACUGAGGGAUUAUGAGCUACAACAUGAUAGACAACUGAUGAAACAAAUACUGAAAACAUGGAGAGAUAUCAAGAAACUUAGAGAGAAAGAUAACUGCAUCAAUACUGCUGUUAAGCUCAGCGUUAGAAAAGAAGAAGCUAAUGCUUCUGAAGAUGAGGCUAUUUGGAAGCGGGAGAUUGAAGAUGAGAUUGAUGAGCAAAGAGAAGAUCAUGAUGAUGAUUAUCAGCUUCAGAUUGAUCGAUACAGAGCUACUCUACAGGAAUGGAAGCAAGAGAAUAAAGCAAAGAAGAAGAGUAAGAAGAAGAAGAAAAAGAGUGGAUCUCAGGAGAAUCUAACAGAGACAGGUCAGAAUGAAGAAGAUGAAGAAGAAGAGAAACCUAAACCAAUUAAACCAUCAUUCAAGUUUGAUGAGGAUGAAUCAAGGGAUCGUAUCAAAGAAAAGAUGACUCAAAUUAGACGUAAACCAGGAGAGACGAUCCUUCAUCUUGAAGUGAGUAACACAGCUGUUAUUACUCCAACACAAGACUGUAGUAGACAAGAACAACAAAGACGCAAUGACAUGCAGAGAUAUAGAUGUUUCAUCAAAGUUCUUAUCAAUGACAAAGAAGUCUCAAGAACAACUACAAAAUCUUUAACUUCAGAUUUCACCAUUCACUUUGGUAACAUCUUUAAUGUUGAGAUUGUUCACUGGCCAGAGUCUAUCAGUAUCCAGUUGUUUGAGACAGGAAUUCUGAGUAACAAUCAUCUAGCAAACGUCUUCCUGAAUGCACCUAACACACAGAUGACAUCAGAUAAGGUUCAUGUUGACCAGUUUGAGUUUAGUAGUGACCAGAAAGUGGAUUUUGACCACAGUGCAGUCGGCAGUGGUAUUACAUUCUCUAUAGGUGAUGGUGAUGAGGCACAAGACUACAAUCUAUUGACAUCAGGUAGUGUCUAUGCCAGUGUAGCUUGGGGUCUAGCUGAUGAUGGCUUGCCCCUCAUACCACCAGCGAUAUCAACAAACACCAAUGCUUUGAGCUCUAUGAAGGAAGUAGAUGCCUUAGCUGCUAUUGGAGCAACCGGUAUCAUUGAUAAUAAAAAGCUUGCUAAAUGGCUGAUGGAAGCAAGACUAGACCCCAAUGAUCCUGCUAACUCAUUCCUCCUACAGAUGAUAAAGAACGAUCGGAACAAGAUUGAAAGUAAGGAGUAUUUUAGGCUAGAGCAGCUUCAACAAGAGUUUGACUUUGUGACAGAUGAGGAACUGGAGACAAACAGAAGAUUCCGGCUUCUUCAGCUUAGAGAGAAAGAGGUUGAAGACUUCAGGAAUUACAAGAUGGUUCCUGCUAUAGAGAAAGAGAUUGCUGAAAACUUCUUUGAAGCUUACGAACUGAAAUUAGAGCAAGAGGAACAAGGAUUAAUAGAUGAAGAUAUGGAUGCUAGGCGAGCACAGGUUGCUAAGUUUAUAGCACAGAUUCGCAAGCGUGUGAUACAAAGGUAUCGAGCUGCUCAGCAUCGCUAUACACUCCAAGAUAUCGUCAAUGAAAGCUUAGUUCCUGACGUAAGUCUACUUGGGGACACCUUAGUGAAGUUGGUUGAGCCAAGACGUCCUCUCAAACCUCAACGUAAAGAACGUAAAACAGUGACAGCACAGAACCUAACAGCUCAAUCUGUUAAUAUCCUUAUUAACAUUGAAAGAGCGUUUGAAAUACCUACAAGGAAACCAGAUCCUAAACUUCCUGGUCAGAAUGCAGAGGUACGUCCAUUUGUUGAGGUUGUAUUUCAACAGACUACCAAACAGACAUGUGUUGCUGAGGGUGCUAAUCCAAACUGGAAUGAAGAAUUAGCUCUGCCAUUCAAAGCUCCUAAUAAUGACUACUCAGCAAGCAAUCUACAGACUGUAAGAGAUGUGAUCUAUAUGAAUUUAUUUGAUGAGGUUGUAAUUGAUCUUCUUCAAGAUGAUCGUGAUAGGACUACUAACAUUCAUCAAAGACUUGAGAAACGAUGGUUAGGAAGCCUAAGUAUACCAUUCUCAACAGUCUACUUUCAGGGAAAGGUUGCAGGAGCAAUCCGUGUUGAAGCACCAUCGUCUCUCCUUGGUUAUGAGCGAACCAGAGAGAGUGCUGGUAGAGGAGCAGCAAACGCUACAUAUCUAUCUGUAUUCAUUACUGUAGAACCACCUCUUGCCCCUCCUGAACUAUUCAGAGAAAAGUUUGAGACAUUAGAGGAUGAUCAACUGUUGAACCAAGCAGAACUUCUUCAAGCUCAAGUCUCAUCAAAGUUUCCCAAGAGGCAGAUAACAUCUUCAGUGAUUGAUAUGAAUGGUAACUCGGUGUUCGUCUGCCGAUACUUCAAGUCGUUGGCGCCUCCACCGGUCCUUAUGGAAGGCGAUAACCAGGUUGAGAUUUGUGAGAGGAUAGCUCGGUAUGUAUCUCUGAUUCCAUCUAUCUCUGAUAGUGUUUUAUUCCCAGGAGUAUGUAACAUCUGGAGUACAUGUCAGCAAUUUCUUCAAAUGAUGCAAGGCGAUGAAGAAGAGCAUGCUGUUCUUCUUGUUAAUUACUUCCUUCAUCUUGGCAAGAAAGCAUGGUUAAUCCUAGGGACGGCAAUCCCUGAAGGACCAACGGCUUAUGCCCUCUCAGAGGAAGGUGAUGGUCAGUAUUGGAUAUGGAAUCCUUCUACUGGAGAACAUUACAAAUCUACUGAUAGCUUCUGCCCUCUCAAGAGUGUAGAGUGCCUCAUUAAUGAAGAUAAUCUGUGGGCCAAUAUUCAGAUACAGGAAGAGACUAGUCGUCUGAACUUUGAUGUGAAGAAAUCAAUGGCAUGGAAACCACUCUUCAACAGCAGCUUCCCUCGUCCUGCUCUAUCAAGUAUGCAGGAGGAAUCCUUAGAAUAUGAGCAGACGAUACUUGAUGACGUUGUUGAUUUACAGAAUAAGAUUGAGAAGAAACUUCGUUCAUGUAUAAUGGAAUGGAGACCUCGUCACAUCACACGAUGGAACCGUCAUGUCAUUCAUACGUUCAGAGAUAUCCUCAAGAAACUAGAGUAUACACCUAACCUACUUGACAAUGAGAAUCCCAAUCUCAAAUCAAUACUGGAAUCAUACAAUCUGUGUGGGUUUCCUCUUCACAUGUCGUAUACUGACAUCAAGUCAAUUGUUGAUAAGGUCCGUAGUACUGGAGUCCAUAAGAAUGAAUCAAAUGAUGUUGAGUAUGCACUGGCUGUCCAUAUUCACCCUUACCCAAACCAUAUCCUAUCUGUAUGGAUCUAUCUAGCUUCAGUGACAAGAAGAAGAUGAUCAUUGUCCCAAACCAUAUCCUAUCUGUAUGGAUCUAUCUAGCUUCAGUGACAAGAAGAAGAUGAUCAUUGUCCCAAACCAUAUCCUAUCUAUAUGGAUCUAUCUAGCUUCAGUGACAAGAAGAAGAUGAUCAUUGUCCCAAACCAUAUCCUAUCUGUAUGGAUCUAUCUAGCUUCAGUGACAAGAAGAAGAUGAUCAUCGUAACGAAUGACUCCAAUUGAGCCUUGACGAAACUACCCAUAAAGGGAUCCACAGUGUUUGAUGUUGAGUUUGUGUUUGCCAGAUUCUUUCCAUUUAAAUCUAUAUAGCAAGAUGAUGAUCAUAAUGAUAUUAUAAUUGAGCUUUGAUUUGCAGAGCUCUCUGACCAACAGCCAUUAUAUCAUUGGAUGCAUGAUUCUGCAAGCCUUUAUAUCAUUGGAUGCAUGAAUCUGCAAGCCAUUAUAUCAUUGGAUGCAUGAAUCUGCAAGCCAUUAUAUCAUUGGAUGCAUGAUUCUGCAAGCCAUUAUAUCAUUGGAUGCAUGAUUCUGCAAGCCAUUAUAUCAUUGGAUGCAUGAUUCUGCAAGCCAUUAUAUCAUUGGAUGCAUGAUUCUGCAAGCCUUUAUAUCAUUUGGAUGCAUGUAUCUGCAAGAUGACAAUUAUAACAAAUGAUUUCAAAUUUAGAUGAAAUAUGAUCUUACCAUGUUAUUAUAUUAUAUUCUGAACACUAUUUGAGCCAUGAUUGAAAUGGAUAAUACAAUUCUUACAGCAGAUGUUUCCUCUUUCCAAUGUCUUUGAGCCACAAUCUGUCCAUACCUGGUCCAAGAAGAAUACAAUAAUUGAAAUUGGAUGGUUCUGUGUUUAGUUAGGAAUGUCUUGAAGCCACCUCACACCAUAUUUUGGAAUAAAACGAAGUAGACUUUAAUGCUAAUAAAUGGAAUAUCUUACUGGGUAAUGUUCUAAAUUAUUGUACGAAUACCUAUGUUCAAAUCUGUGACUAUGCUAUCAUCC